AUGAAUCAAAAUGGAGCCCCAGAUAACGCUGGGGCAGAAAACACGGCCGAAGUUCAGCCAAACGCGGUGGAGAAUCAAGUUGGAGUUGUUGAAGAAGUGGUGGAUUUAAUGGACACACUUUUGUCCACGAUCAUUGAGGAGACUGAACCAGAGUCUUCGACCAACUCUGGUUCAGAAGAAUCGGUCAACGAAAAAAAUUCCCAAUCGCCUCCGAUUAUGAUGGAAAUGCCAUUGUUUUCGCCAGAAGAAAUUCAAACUUAUUUGAAUAGCAUUCCUGAUUUGCGCGAAAAAUUGGCGAAUAUCCCGAAAAUGACCGGUGAAGAACUCGUCGAAAUGCUUCAAACAAUCAACUCGUCGGACGUCGAACAAAAUGUUGAUUCGGUAUUAAAUGAAUCGGAGGUUUUUAAACCCCCCAAAAAAAACUAACUAUUUUCAGCGAUACCCAACUCAACUCGAAUCAUACCAAAACACGCCAUUUCGUGAAGAAUCGGAACCGCCAAGUUCAGGAGAGCACAUAGAAGAACAAUCGAUUAUUUCGGAGUUCAGAAGAGCCGCGGGAAGGGAUUCAUCGGAGUCUGGAAGCCCAGAUUAUUCGGAAGAUUCUGAAAGUGAUGAUAAAUUGAAUUCAUCUGGAAAUGAAGCUGCUGGAAAUAUGAUAUUACCUGGAGAUGAAAGAACUUCUCAAGAACAUGUAUUGAUAGAUGAGCCAGAAAUAACAGCACAGGAAGAAUCUGAAGAUGUUUUGAAUCCGGACCAACUGGAAGACGAACGAAUGAUUGAUGUUGUGACUGAAUCGUGGGUGGCUGAAAUAUCUGAUGUUAGUUUUUUUUUGGUUCAAAAAUUGAUCGAGAAAUAAUUGUUGAAUUUAUCCGAACAAUUAUUAGCUAGAAAUUUUGGAAAUUUAUGUUUUUCUAAAAUUUGGAAAGAAAAUCAUAGAAUUUAGAUUUUAAAAAUAAAUGCUUGAAAAAUGAGCUGAUUUUUUCAAAAACAAUAGUUUUUAAGAUUUCUAGAAACAAAAAAAUUUUCGCCAAUAUUUCCUUGAAAAUUUAGAACUUCAAAAAUCAAAAAAAAAACAUGUCUUACCAUAUCAAAAAUUUUCAGGAUAUGACCACACAUCAACCAAAUCCACAAUCUCCUGAAACAUCAGCUCAAAUCACACAAAGUUCGCAAAAUGUGAGCAGAUAUUCGGAAACAAGCAUUGACAUGGAUUUCAAUGAUCCGAUGAUUUCCUCGACAGCCCAAAAUGAAUCUUCAUCUGAAGAUUUACUCGAUCUUCUAUUCUCAUCGUCAAACCAAUCCAGAAGCACUAGAAGAAUUGACCAAGCUUCAACACAGCCAAAUGGGAUUGAUAAUGAUGAAAUGGAUUUGAUUGGAGGAGAACAAGUUUCUUCUGGAGAUAAUGAGAAUAUGACACCACAUGUAAUUCCAAUUGAAGAUUCCGAAGUUGUUCCGAAUAAUGGAAAUAUUUUGAUGGAAUCAGAAUCAGGUGGAAGAUCUGAAAAUUUGGAUCAAGUUAGUUUUUUGUUCGAAAAUUGCGAAAAAAUAUUCAACAUAAAUUUCUGAAAUUUCUCGUCACUUUUUUCCUCAAAAUUUAGGAUUUCUAAAAGCAAAAAAAAUAUCUUACCAUAUCUAAAAUAAUCCAAUUUUGUUCCAGGAAUCGACCACUCAUCAAUCAGUUCAAGAUUCGAAAAAAUCUCCGAAUUCUUCACCAAAAACAUCGUCAAUUGUUGAUAUUGUUCCAACCAAUGAAGAAGCUACCGAAAAUACACAAAAUGACAACGAAAUGAUGGAAGAAACUGUUGAUAUUGGGGAACAUUUGGAAAUUUCUGAUGAAAAUGUUGAGGCAAAUGAAGAAGUUUUUGAAAUCGAACAAAAUGAGCAGAUGGAAGAUCGUGAAAAUCAUGAAGAUGCUUCAAGACCAGGAACAUCUGAAAAUGUUAGUUUUUUGGAUUAAAACUUCGAAAAAAUAAGUAUAAUUUUGGAAUUUAUUCGAAACAAUUAGAAAUUUUGAGUAAAAAUAUGAUUUUUAAGAUUUUCGAAAACAAAAAAUGUCUUACCGUAUUCGAAAUUAUUCAAUUCUUCAUUUCAGAUACCAGCAACAAAUAAUCCAACUCGAGAAGAUUCUCUUGCAUUUUUGAAGAGAUUAUACAAAAUGAUUCCGUGUGACCCAGCUGUGAUGAAUGGUGAAGAACGCGAUAAUUCGGAUCAAUAUAGCACAGAUUCAUCAGCAGGACAAUCCACGCCGCCACGUCGACCAAUGCGGCGACGUCCAGUUCCAGAUUCGCCACAAUCUCUAACUUCUGCUGAAUCAUCGCGUCAAUCAUCUCCAUUGCCAGGCGGACAAAUUCGGCGACUUCGAGUAGCAGAUUCACCAAAAUCUCACAUCUCUGGUGUAUCGUCUCGUCAAUCAACUCGGAAUUCACCACAAACGCCACCAAUCUGUUCCACUCCAUCACAAAAUCAAUCUUCGCGAGAUUCGCCACCAAUAAAUAACCCAUAUUCGCCUGGACCAUCACCAAGACAACAACCAUCUUCGCGAGGCUCGUCUUCAUCAAAAAAUUCAUCGCGAAAUUCGCCACCAAUUAAUAAUCCAUAUUUGCCUGGUUCGUCACCACGUCAACAGCUAUCAUCUCGUGGUUCGACUUCGUCUGAAGCUCCUUCUUCACCAGCUUCUUCACACCAUCACGUUCCAAGAAAUUUGAAUCCGGAUAUUUAUAUCGAGUCGAAUUUUGAUGGGACUCACACAUUGAAAAUAUCCAAAAAUUUAUUCGAGGAAGAUGCCAGGAUUAUUAUUGAAGGAAGAUCGAUCACCGCGAUUGGAACUUUGAAGAAAAAUGUGGUGGAUGUGGAUACGGAUGGAAGUGUUGCUAUAAUGGCGCCAAAUGUGUCAGCUGCCAGAUUAGAGCAGAUGAUUCGUAGACAAUUGGAGAGGGAUUUCGAGGCGACUUUGGUGCCAUAUAAAGGAACACGCAUCCCGAAACAAGCGUAUGAUAAGUUAAUGAUGCAAGACGCUCUUAAUGCGUUCAAUAGUGAUGAUGAUGAUGAUGACGAUGAUUUGAGUGUUGUUUCGAGCAUUUCAGUGCUUCAUCGACCACCCACACCACAAAAUCGUAUGCCAAGAAGACGAAGUGCAGCACAUUUUGCUUCACAACCACCAAUUCCGCCAAAACGAAGAAGGCCAGCACCAAAACCAGCCACACGCAGAGCUCCACCGACCGUUGCCCGACCAGCACGGUCGGCUCGUUUGGCUGCUCGGCGAAAUGUUGUUGUUGCACCAGCUGCAAUUCAAAUUGCUCCAGCAACAUCUCCGCCAAGAUUGGCUGCGAGAUUGGCUGCACGAAUGGCUGCGCAGCAAAACACGAAUACAGUUGCAAUUGCUCCACCAAAUGCUCCAGUACCAGCUAAUAGAUGGAAUUUGAAACGCCAAGCCGGCACUUCUUCAACAGCAAAUCCACCGAAAAUGACCAAAUCCGACAAAGAUAAGGAGAUGAAAACGAUGGGUGAUGUGCAUAAAGAAUUGGCCCAUAUUGAUAUUGCUGUGAAGAACCAGGAUUUUGGAUACAAUGGGCUCGAAAUUGUCACAAAACAUCGCACAUUGGUUCGAAGUUUGCUGACAUAUGGCGCCAAUCCAACUCCAGAAAAAUUGGCGAAAUUGAUUUCGAAAACGAAGGCGUUGAGUAAGGAUGUGGAGCGGUUCGCUCAAUGA